UUGAUAAUCUCUUUAUAUUUUAGUUGUUUUGUCAUUUCUGUGAUAAGAAAAGCGUUGUUUUUGUGCUCGAUCCUCAAACUGCGAACAAUGAAUUUUGCUUUUCUCUAUUUUUCUGUGAUAUCCCUUCUCCUGGUUCAAGGAGAAGUGUCCAAAGUCUUUGAAUAUCAACCACGACAUGUCCAUUUAUCCUUCGGAGAAUCAACAUCCGAUAUUGUCGUCACUUGGUCAACAAUUGAUGACGCUGGAGAAUCUGUGGUUGAGUAUGGAAUCGGUGAUGAGCUGAACCAAAGAUCCGUGGGGUCAUCGCAGAAAUUUGUCGAUGGAGGACCCAAGAAGAAGUCUCAGUACAUCCACAGGGUGACACUUCCGGGAUUGGAUCCGAAAACUAAGUAUUCGUACCACUGUGGAGGGAAGUUGGGGUGGUCUGCGGAAUUUUGGUUCAUGACACCUCCUGGUGGGGAUGACUGGGCUCCACAUUUGGCAAUUUUUGGCGAUAUGGGCAAUGAAAAUGCCCAAUCUCUGGCCAGAUUGCAGGAUGAUACUCAGAGAAGGAUGUACGAUGCGAUUAUUCAUGUUGGAGAUUUUGCUUAUGAUAUGCAUUCGGAAGAUGGUACAGUCGGGGAUGAAUUUAUGAAUCAGAUUGAAUCCAUUGCUGCCUAUGCUCCGUAUAUGGUUUGUCCGGGAAAUCAUGAGGAACGGUACAAUUUUUCGAACUAUCGAGCUAGGUUUUCCAUGCCAGGCGGAACGGAGAGUCUCAUGUACAGCUUCAAUCUCGGUCCAGUUCAUUUUGUAGGCUUUUCCACUGAGGUCUAUUACUUUAUGAAUUACGGGAUCAAGAGCCUGGUGAUGCAGUACGAAUGGCUAGAUAGAGAUCUCGGGGAAGCCAAUAAGCCUGAGAAUCGCAAGAAGCAUCCCUGGAUUGUCACAUUUGGCCAUAGACCGAUGUACUGCAGCAACUCCAAUGACGAUGACUGCUCUCACAAUGAGACUCUGGUCAGGGUAGGUCUUCCCUUUACCCAUUUCUUCGGUCUGGAGGAUCUGUUCUACAAACACGGAGUGGAUGUUGAACUCUGGGCCCAUGAGCACUCCUACGAACGUCUCUGGCCAAUCUACAACUACAAGGUGCUCAAUGGUUCAACAGAAGCUCCCUACACAAAUCCCCGGGCUCCUGUGCACCUGGUUACCGGAUCGGCGGGAUGCAAAGAAGGCAGGGAACCAUUUGUAAAGAAUCCUCCCGAAUGGAGUGCCUUCCACAGCCGAGAUUACGGAUACACACGCCUCAGAGCUCACAACAAAACCCAUUUGCACUUUGAGCAAGUAUCUGAUGAUCAGGACGGAGCUAUUAUUGAUUCCUUCUGGAUUAUCAAGGAUUCCCACGAUGGGUAUUAAGUCUAUUUUUGAGUAUUGGGAUGUAAAAUCGAUAAAGUACUCUUAUCACAGA